AUGAAUGAGAAGUGUGGCCUGCCCGGUAACCAAGGCGAUUCCGCUGCUGAACAUCCAGGUAACUGCACACGCGCUGAACCAGACGAAGGCAGACAAAAGAAACUGGAAGAUGAAAUCGGUACAACUAUCAAAGUUGCUGCUGAACGGCAAGAGAGAACUGCAGAGAAUCCACAUCUUGUACCAGAGACUGUCAAGGUUACUGGUGAACACGCUUCCGCGGCUGCAGCAACAGGGCCACCAUACUGCAUCCUGUCCGAACGCAAAAAGAUCUUCGUCAUACUCUUGGUCUCAUUCGCAGCCAUCAUCUCCCCCAUCUCCAGCAGCAUCUAUUUUCCGGCUCUGAACAGUCUCGCAAAGGACUUGAAUGUCUCCGUCUCGCUCAUCAACAUAACGAUCACAACCUAUCUGAUAUUCCAAGGAAUUGCGCCGUCAUUCAUAGCGAACUUUGCAGACACCCAUGGGCGACGCCCCGCCUACCUGAUUUGCUUCACCAUCUACCUAGCUGCCAAUAUCGGUCUCGCGGUCCAGGAUAGCUAUGCGUCACUCUUGGUCCUGCGCUGCCUGCAAAGCUCAGGCAGCAGUGGGACGAUUGCGCUAGGAAGCGCAGUCGUCGCCGAUCUAUCAACCCGAGCAGAGCGAGGCAAGUAUAUCGGAUACGCCAGUCUAGGCGUGACCCUCGGCCCCGCCUUGGGACCAAUCAUAGGGGGUUUACUGGACCAUUACCUUGGCUGGCGGGCGGUCUUUUGGUUCCUGGUGAUCUUAAGCAGUGUCCUCGGGACCGUCAUUGCUAUCAUCUUGCCCGAAACCUGCCGCGCGGUGGUGGGAAACGGCUCUGUCCCUGCUGCCAAGUGGAAUCGGCCUGCAUGGCAGAUACUGCGGCAGAACCGGAGGGCUCAAAGGCAAACGCCAACGCCGGACUAUCACACCAUCGAGAAAAGGCGUCGACGCGCCAAUCCGAUCGCAUCUGCCCUGAUUGCCACCGACAAGGAAGCACUCAUCAUUCUGAUCUACGGCUCGCUCUUGUUCUCCGGCUACAUGGCCGUCUUGAGCACCUUGACUUCCCAGCUGCAAAGUAGAUUCCACUUCAACUCCAUUCAAGUCGGACUCUGCUACCUGCCCAUUGGGAUCGGCAGUCUGAGUUCCCGAUGGACAGUCGGGCGGAUUCUAGACUGGAACUUCCGCCGAGAAGCCCGACGGCAGGGCCUCGCCAUCGAAAAGAACCGACAGCAAGAUAUCCGCCAUUUCAACAUCGAGGCUGCCCGCUUGGCGGUGACGAUUCCCCUAGUCUACUGCGCCUGUCUGUGUAUCGUAGCCUACGGCUGGGUCAUGGAGUUUAAGACUGCGCUUGCCGGCCCGGUGGUGAUGCUCUUCUUCAUGGGGCAUCUGACCUCCGGGGCGUUCAGCUCGCUGAGUACAUUGAUUGUGGACCUGAACCGACAGAGCCCUGCCACUGCAGUCGCUGCGAACAAUCUGUUCCGGUGUCUGUUGGGUGCCGGAGUCGUUGCGGCUGCGGAUCCAGUGAUCCAGCACAUAGGGAUCGGCUGGACAGCCACGCUGAUUGCGUUUCUGUGGGUGCUUUUGAGCCCGCUUAUGUGGGCUGUAUCUCGAUGGGGGCAUGGAUGGAGAGAGAAGCGUAUUAGCAACGAAAAGGAGGCGAGCCCAGCCGAAGAGCUUUCCCGACCUGUGGGGGAAGUUCCAACGGCCAAGGAGGGUGUUUGA